CAACACCCUGAAAUGAGCUGCUAAUUUCCAGAAUUAUCCAUCUCACUUUCACUCUCUCUCCCUCUCUCCACCACAUUUUCCUCAAUUCCAACUGCAAGAUCGCCCGAAAAUUAAAAUCGCCCAACCCUAGCUACCAUUGUCAGCCAUGCUCCGGUUUCUCUAACCACUCUUCUAAAGGGGACAACCCGUGCAAGAGAUAGAGCAUGGCGUCGGAGGAGCCACCCAACCAGAUCUGUAUUCGAAGACCGAACAACAACUCCCAGCUUCGGGUGAAGGAUUUUAGUGAAAGAGAAUCAGCUGCUUAAACUACUCAACUUUGACGACAUCUGUGCCUCGUAAAGCCAACGCAAUUCACCAAUAUUAACCAGGGAUUGUUGAACAAGCUAAGCAAUACAACGUCUUGAAUAAGGUUCCCGAGCAGCUACAACGGUUGGACAGACUUAUAAAUGUCACGGACAUAGAUUGCAUUGAUAACCUUCGCAUGGAUCGCAACACUUUUGGGAAGCUGUGCCGCAUACUUAAGGACCGUGGGGGUUUACACAUAGUUUUAGGUGCUGUUCUCAGUCUUCACGAUGUAUUAUUUGAAAAGCCUACCCCAGUCCCGGACGAUUGCAUUGACCAUAGAUGGAAAUGGUUCAAGGGUUGUUUGGUGCCUUGGAUGGUACUCAUGUCAAUGUGUUGGUUAGUAACAGCGAUAAACCCCGAUAUCGCACACGAAAAGGGUCCAUUGCGACAAAUACUUUAGCUGUAUGUGAUAGAAAUAUGCAGUUCGUCUACAUACUGCCUGGUUGGGAAGGGUCUGCAGGGGAUUCAAGAGUGCUAAGGGAUGCCUUAUCUAGGAUGAAUGGGUUCAGAGUCCCUCAGGGUUGUUACUAUCUUUGCGACAGCGCAUACGCUAAUUGCAACAGCUUCUUGACGCCGUACAAAGGGGUGUGGUACCACCUCAAAGAAUGGGGUGUUGGCGAGGCAGCUCCACAGGACCAUAAAGAACUGUUUAACAUGCGUCAUAGCAAGGCUCGAAACAUUAUUGAGCGAGCCUUCGCUGUCCUGAAAAUGCGCUGGGGGGUUUUGCGCAGUGCGUCCUUUUACCCAAUUCAAACACAAAUCAGAUUGAUCAUGGCUUGUUUCCUUCUUCAUAAUUUCAUACGCCGUGAGAUGACGGUGGAUCCAGUAGAAGCCACUGUCGAUGCUGAUAGUCCACCAGUCGUUCAAGGAGAAAAUUAUGUCGCUCACAACUACGUUGACUGUGUCGAAACAUCACCCGAAUGGACUGCUCUACGUGACGCCAUAGCCAUGGAGAUGUGGAAUACUAGAUAGAAUCAUCCUGGAUUAAAUAUCAAAUGUCGCAACGGCUUGCCAAGGCUGAUUGCAUUCCCGAAUGUGGGUGUGGCUGGGGAAAGAUGGCAAUGCGUUGUGCAGGGAAAAACGCAAUCAACGCAGGCCGUUAUUAUAUGAAAUGCCCCGCUAAUCUCAACCAUUUGGGAUCCUUUCAAUGGUGUGAUGAGUACAUCCGAGGGAUUAGCGGAAGCUCUUAUAUUGAUGAACGUGUCAACAAUCCACGUUUGGGUCAGGAACGUGCACCAACGAUUCGCCAUGAAUUGGAGCAUCCAUCAGGAGGUCGCCACUAUUGCGCCGGAAAAGCUGCUUAUGAUAUGAAGACCCAACUGUUAAUUGUUUGUGUCUGUAUUUUGAUGGUUCUUGUAGGAAUCUUAAUUGGCAAGCUUAUGUGAACUAAUACUUCAUUAUGUAACAUAUGUCAUGGUGGUUCGUUAAGUA